UAAGUCUACAAUGUGUCUGCUAUCAUUUUGUAAGAUCAUGCAAAGUCGUGAAAGGUUAUAUGAACAUAAGAUUUAUUUUCUGCAUAUGUCUACACGAAAACUGUUGCAAUAGUCCUUCAGAAUGUUAUGUCUUCAAAAGAUACCUUUUAUUUUGAAAAUCCGUUGACUCUCAUAUAAUCAUCUAACAAUUAUCUUAACAGUUUAUUGAGGGUGUUAUUUUAAGCGACGAUCUUCUUUUUCUAAUAAAAAUCUUAUCUGGACGGAGAACCGAACAUACAUUUACAACACGCGAGAGUGCUACGUUUUCAGUUUUAGUCCACUAUCGUUUGUGGAUAUUUGAGCUUUAAAGAUGAAGGAAAAUAAGGAGACAGACACAGAAGAUUUAGAGGACAUACCGGUCUUAUGUUCACAAAGAUGGAUUUUAGCGUACAUUGGUUUCCUUGGGUUCGGCGUUGUUUAUUCUUUACGAGUCAACAUCAGUGUCGCUGUCGUCUGCAUGUUGAAGCCGACACAUUCAUCAGCGGAAGUAGACUUAAAUAUCACCAAUUUUACAACCGCCAUUCCUACACAUGUCGCAUGUAUUGAAGAAAUGAAAGCCGCCUCGCAUUCUAGUGAUAGGGCAGAACUGGAAUGGAAUCCGGAGACCAAGUCGUCCAUUUUGGCGUCAUUUUUCUACGGCUAUAUUUUCACUCAAAUACCCGGCGGAUGGAUAGCUGAUAGGUAUGGUGGAAAACGUGUUUUAUUCGUGACGAUAUUGUUGUCGUCUAUACUGACUGUACUAAUGCCAGUGUGUGCUCGAACCAGCGUCUACCUUGUUUAUACCAUCAGAGUGCUGAUAGGUCUACUUACAUCGACUAAUUUUCCAGCCAUGAAUGCGAUGUGGGGAAGAUGGGCACCGAAGUUGGAAAGGAGUAAAUUGGCGACACUUUGUUAUGCAGGUACCACACUCGGAAAUGUUUUGACCUUUAGUACAUCCGGUCUCUUGUGUGCAUACGGCUUUGAUAAUGGAUGGGGAUCUAUUUUCUACGUGACUGGUAUACUGGGCAUCUUGUGGUCUCUUGCGUGGUUUUAUAUAACAGCGGACACUCCAGCAUCACAUCCGAGAAUAAACGCGCAGGAAAUCAAAUAUAUAACAAGAAAUGUGGAAUUUGAUACCGAAAAACGGAGCGCCUCUGUCCCAUGGCUGUCUAUAGUAAAGUCUCCACGUAUCUGGGCGUGUCUGACAGGUCAUGUGUGCAAUAACUGGACCAAUUAUACGCUGUUAACAAACAUUCCAACAUUUAUGAAAGAAGUUCUCAAAUUUGAUAUAAAGGCGAAUGGUGGACUGUCCGCCGUGCCGUAUAUCUGUAUGUUUUUCUCGACAGUAAUAGCUGGCCAGAUUGCAGAUCUCCUACGAUCACGUAAAAUACUAUCGACAACAGUAACUAGGAAAAUUUUUCUGUCAUUUGGAUUUGCCGGCGCAGGCGGUUGUUUAGCAGCAACUGGUUUCUGUGACUGUGAGCAUCGAACCCUUGCUGUAGGACUAUUGUCUUUGGCUGUCAUGUUCACUGGGGUCAGUAGGUCAGGCUACGGGGUCAACCAUGUUGACCUUGCCCCUAAAUUUGCGGGAGUUUUGUAUGGAAUAACGAACACAUUUGCCACUAUACCAGGAAUGACCGCACCACUGCUUGCCGGAUAUCUAACACCUAAUAAUACACCUGAAGAGUGGAGGAACGUGUUUUAUGUUUGUGCUGGAUUUGAUGCAUUUGGUAUUCUUAUAUUUUGUAUAUUUGGAUCUGGAGAGAUGCAGGACUGGGCAAAAGAUGAAAUUAUCGAGGUUGAGAUACCAGUAGACAAAUUGAAAGGAAAUUCCAGUUUGGAAAAGGACUCAAGUGUUACUUCUGAAGAAAAUAAAGUAACGUCCGAGUUACCGGACAACAACGUUAACUUAUGAUAUCAUAUAAAUAAAGAAACUGUUUUUGUCUAGUGCUCAGUAUUCUCAAAAUAUGACCCAAGUUACCGCCCCUGAUAUAUCCGUUUAUAAUGUAGAUGGGUAAAAAUGUACAUGUAUGUAGUUUGACUAUUUUCUAUGUACAAUGCAAAUACAACAAUGUACAAUGUAUAUUAUAUUUGAUUCAGAUAGUAAUUGUGUUGUUGUUUAUAUUCUUUUAAAUUGUAAAAUAAAUGUCAAACCGGACACACAUUAGAUUUUGUUUUUAUCGGGUUG